GUGCGCUCAGAGCGGGAAAGAAGACAGUGGGACUCCGGCGGUCAGAUAGAGGAGACAGGGAAAGAAGACAGUGGGACUCCGGCGGUCAGAGAGAGGAGACAGGGAAAGAAGACAGUGGGACUCCGGCGGUCAGAGAGAGGAGACAGGGAAAGAAGACAGUGGGACUCCGGCGGUCAGAGAGAGGAGACAGGGAAAGAAGACAGUGGGACUCCGGCGGUCAGAGAGAGGAGACAGGGAAAGAACACAGUGGGACUCCGGCGGUCAGAGAGAGGAGACAGGGAAAGAGAGAGAACUUCGUGCGUUCUACUACACACAGUCACAGGAUAAGGACGAGUGCGUAGACAGUUAUUAUAUACAUUUUUGUAUGUCUUCUUUUUAAAUCAACGUUUGCACGUGAGAUUACGGUUGUAGUGGGUGUAAAGGAACUAGAAUAGCAUCGGAGGAAUGUAUCCAGCCAGAGCAACAGUGACCCACCGUCCUCUGAGAUGUCAGCUCCACAUUAUCCGAACCAUCGUGCUACUCCUGGCUGUCCUAGAGAUGACUGCGACACGGUCUGAUUUCCCCCACGACCCCAGUGUUGUGGCCCCCUCCACUUGGAACAGCUCAGCUCUCUUCUUGCGUCUGGAGGCUCCUAUGAACAACAUCACCACGUCUCUGGGCCAGACAGCAGAGCUGCUGUGUCGUGUGUCCGGUCACCCCACUCCCACGGUGCGCUGGCUGAAGAACGACGCCCCCGUGGUCCAGGAGCCUCGCCGGAUCUCCUACCGACCAACGCCCUACGGCUCCCGCCUCCGCAUCCGUAACCUGGACACUACAGACACAGGCUACUUCCAGUGUGUGGCCACUAACAGCUACGGCAUCGUCUCCACCACAGGAGUACUCUUCGUCAAGUUUGAUCCACUCCCGACACCAAUGCCAGGGAGGCCCUAUCCUGAUGAUUUUGAUGAGGAGGGGUUCUGCCAACCGUACAGGGGAGUGGCCUGUUCUCGCUUCAUAGGAAACCGCAGCAUCUUCGUUGACUCUCUGCAGAUGCAGGGUGAGAUCGAGACCCAGAUCACAGCCGCCUUCACCAUGAUCGGAACGUCCAACCACCUGUCGGACCGCUGCUCCCUGUUCGCCAUCCCAUCUCUGUGCCACUUUGCCUUCCCUACAUGUGACCGCAGCUCUGGGACAGACAAGCCCAGGGACCUGUGUAAGGACGAGUGUGAGAUCCUAGAGAAUGACCUGUGUAAGACCGAGUACAUCAUCGCCCGUUCCAACCCCAUCAUCCUGAAGAGACUGAAACUACCUAACUGUGAGGACCUGGCGGGACACACCAGCCCAGAGGCUGCCAACUGCAUGAGAAUAGGGAUCCCCAUGGUCGAGCCCUUCAACAAGAACCACAAGUGUUUCAACAGCAGUGGUUCAGACUUCCGCGGGACGGUCAGUAAGACCAAGUCAGGUCGUCAGUGCCAGCCCUGGAACUCCCAGUACCCUCACAGUCACACCUACCUGGCGGUACAAUACCCCGAGCUCAGCGGAGGACACUCCUACUGCCGUAACCCCGGCAACAAGCAGGAGGGACCAUGGUGUUUCACGCUGGACGAGGGGGUCCGCUUGGAACUAUGUGACAUCCCUGAGGCAUCAGUCAUGGCUGAGCUGCACCAUCACAAUGUGGUGUGUAUUUUGGGGGUAGUGACCCAAGAACAGCCUGUCUGCAUGCUGUUUGAGUUCCUGAACCAGGGGGACCUCCAUGAGUUCCUCAUCAUGCGUUCUCCUCACUCUGACGUGGGCUGUAGUAGUGAUGAGGACGGGACCAUCAAGUCCGUCCUGGACCACGGAGACUUCCUGCACCUGGCCAUCCAGGUGGCUGCUGGUAUGGAAUACCUGGCCAGUCACUCCUUCGUCCAUAAGGACCUGGCAGCCCGUAACAUCCUAGUGGGGGAACGGCUCCACGUCAAGAUAUCUGACCUGGGUCUGUCCCGAGAGAUCUAUGCAUCCGACUACUACAGGGUUCAGCCCAAGGCUUUACUCCCGAUCCGAUGGAUGCCUCCUGAGUCCAUGGCCUAUGGGAAGUUCACGUCGGAGUCAGAUAUCUGGGCGUUUGGCGUGGUGCUGUGGGAGAUCUUCAGCUACGGCCUGCAGCCCUACUACGGCUUCAGCAACCAGGAGGUCAUGGAGAUGGUGAGAAAACGCCAGCUGCUGCCCUGCCCAGAGGAUUGCCCCCCCAGGGUCUUCAGCCUGAUGACAGAGUGCUGGCAGGAGGGCCCAGCGAGGCGUCCACGGUUUAAGGAUAUCCACUGUCGUCUCCGGGCCUGGGAGGGGCUGUCAUCCCAUGCCAGUUCUAGUACCCCAUCAGGAGGCGGGGGCAACGCCACCACCCAGACCACCUCGUUGAGUGCUAGUCCUGUCAGUAACCUCAGCAACCCACGUUACACCGCUGCAGGCUACCUCUACCCAGCCCAGGGGAUACCCGUGCCAGGUCAUCCGGGCCACCCAAUGGCAGGCUGGACCCCAAUGACCCAUGGAGCACCCAUGGCCCAGAACCAGCACCAACACCAAUGCUUCAUCCCUGUCAAUGGCUACCCCAUCCCCCCAGGCUAUGCAGCCUUUCCUGCAGCCCACUUCCAGGCCCAGGGCCCCCCCAGGGGGGUGCAACACCUCCCCCCGCCCAAGAGCAGAUCUCCCAGCAGUGCUAGCGGCUCCACCAGCACUGGUCAUGUGGCCAGCUUGCCGUCCACGGGGUCUAAUCACGAUGCGAACACACCACUGCUCUCACACUGCGUGGCGAUAUCCGCCCUGCCAGGGGGCGGGACCAUGCAGGUGUACGGACACAUGUCCCAGAAGGCUUUGCAACAGAUGGACCCCUCGCAGACGUCCGCGCUGCUGGCCGACGCCAACAGACUCAUGUACAGCGAUUCAAUCAUCACCGCUGAUGUGUAAAUACACGGCAGACCUGGGCUUUAUAUUAUCUCAUCUGCUUGAUUUCAUGCUUUGUUUCCUUUUACCUGUUUUGCUUGUUUUUGUAAUAAAAUUAUUAUAAUUAUUGUUUCAACUUUUUACUCUACUUGUAAAUACAUGUACGUAAAUCCCGAAUGAAUGAAAUGCAAAGAUUUAUAUUCAAUUAACUUGUUUUAAUAAGAGAGCUAGAAGUCGUGGCCUGCCUCCAAUUCUGAAACUCAAACUGCCUGAAUAGACUCAUAAUGAUUCUAUUCUACCUGCCUGGAUAGACUCUUAAUGAAUCUACUCUAUCUGCCUGGAUAGACUCUUAAUGAUUCUAUUCUACCUGCCUGGAUAGACUCUUAAUGAAUCUACUCUAUCUGCCUGGAUAGACUCUUAAUGAAUCUACUCUAUCUGCCUGGAUAGACUCUUAAUGAUUCUAUUCUACCUGCCUGGAUAGACUCUUAAUGAAUCUACUCUAUCUGCCUGGAUAGACUCUUAAUGAAUCUACUCUACCUGUCUGGAUAGACUCUUAAUGAAUCUACUCUAUCUGCCUGGAUAGACUCUUAAUGAAUCUACUCUACCUGCCUGGACAGACUCUUAAUGAAUCUACUCUACCUGCCUGGACAGACUCUUAAUGAAUCUACUCUACCUGCCUGGACAGACUCUUAAUGAAUCUACUCUACCUGUCUGGACAGACUCUUAAUGAAUCUACUCUACCUGCCUGGAUAGACUCUUAAUGAAUCUACUCUACCUGCCUGGACAGACUCUUAGUAAACUCUGAAUCAGACACUUCUUGAUUUUCUGGAGCACUUUAGGGCUGUUCUGCAGUAGGGUGUGGUGUUGUUGGACUGGAGGGGCCAUGUUCUGCACAGCGCUAUGCAAUAACAUAGCACUCAUACCCUCUGCAUCACUCUCCACAGUUAUGUGCCUCCACAGUCUCCACAGUUAUGUGCCUCCACAGUCUCCACAGUUAUGUGCCUCCACGGUCUCCACAGUUAUGUGUGUCCACUAGACUCUCUUCUCAAUACAGGGUUCUAUCAAUUCAUAUUUCACUGAUGUAGAGGUACUAGGACUGAAUCAGACGAUUGUUUAACCAGCCAUACUUCUCUCUCCAAUCUGUGAGCAUGUCUCUCCUCCCCUCCAUCACCCUCUUAUAAUAGAUGAGUUAUGCAAUAUGGCUCUUUCAUUGGCUCUGCAGUCGUUGAUCUAUCCAUUUAUUGUUGUUUUUAUGAUAUGAAGAAAUAGUACUGAUACAUGUAUGUUCAUCAUAACUUCUUUCUCAAAGCAAUCAAUAUAACAAUGUCUGACAGUAGGGUGAAGGAAUGAUCAAAUAUAGGUAGAAAUCUGAUAUCCAACCACAUUUUACCAGAUAGCUCACAAAAUCAGCUAUAAUACAAUAUAUUUCACCUCACUUUAAAGUGUUUGUUGCUAUGCAACUACUUAGUACAAAUACUCAUUGUUUGCCUGUACAGAAAGAGAACAAGCACUUGCCUUCCAUACUUACUCUGGUAUAAUACACAUCUCUUCCAUACUUACUCUGGUAUAAUACACAUCUCUUCCAUACUUACUCUGGUAUAAUGCACAUCUCUUCCAUACUUACUCUGGUAUAAUACACAUCUCUUCCAUACUUACUCUGGUAUAAUACACAUCUCUUCCAUACUUACUCUGGUAUAAUACACAUCUCUGUCAUGUUAAGCACAUCGCUAUAUUUUAUCAGGGUAGAAAGUCAGUGAAGUAUGAUGGCUGUGGUAAUUUGGGUACUACUAUCCUGGACAUUUCUAGGAUCUGUCAGUUAGUGUCCAGAGUUACUGUCCCUUUAGGUUAAGUUCUUUUAGAUUUGUAUAUUCCACAUAUCUUUCUUUCUCUAAAGCAGUUCUACCUACCUAGGUAUCUGGAGUUUUAUACAGGUAUCCUCUGAUGUUAUAUGAAUUUAAGUGUGUGUAUAUAUCAGUUCAAAACCACUUAAACACAAGACUGUGAACCUUGGGACUGGCUAUUUUGUCUUGGGCAAAUUAUCAUUCUUGUGCUGUUUUUAUUUUGUUAGAAAGUUUUAUGUUAGAUCAGUUUCUUUUUCUUGGACAGUCUUUUUCAAACAGCAUUUUUAGAUUACAGUGUAUUCAUCAGAAAGGUUUACAUACAUAAUAUUUGAUUUACCAAGAGGCCUUGUCUUUGUAUUUUCUGAAGAUUUUUGCACAAAUGUUUUGUAUGGCAAAAUCAUUAUUAAAUAAUUACAUUGUUUGGU